CUCUCUGCUCGAUGACCGUAAUUCAUCUGGAGUCCUAGUUACUAAAAUGUGAAGUUAACUGCUUGCAUUAUAAUGCAGUGUAUCCUGAACAAUAAUUGAUUGCACAAAUCAGCUUUAAGAUGGGAGGGUAAUGCUUCUGGGUAGCCUUGAAAACCUUCACUAUUCCAUCUUUUAUAUUGCAGUAUUUUAUGAUGAUGACCUAACAGAUGCUUUUUUCAAAACACUGUCCCGAAUCACUCGCAACCUGAGGAAUUCUUGCACCGUCUACUUCUCUAUGGAAAAGAGGUUCAACUUCACUUUAAGACAAAUGGACGUUGUGUGCGAAGCCUAUAAUCACUUCCGGAGUACUUUGGAAGAGCUGCUGAAAACCAGCGAUGGCGAGAUGAGAUACCGCGUUCAGCCCGUAGAGCUGUCUUUUCCACAGCAUAUUGUUUACGAGCGAGUUCCGCAACUGGAGCUGUGGAAGCUUAGUGCCCAGAAGAUACUCGACGGAUCCCAUCCUCAGCCCCCAAGAGACUAAAAGAAGACACAGUGGCUUCUCUCAACUGAUCUUACGAUCUAAAGGCCUUGUUAAACGGAAUAAGGAAGCAGAUAGAAUUCAGGCCCAUGUCAAAAACAGAUUAAAUACAUACGGUGUCCAUGAUAGUAA